AUGGCGUCUUCUCGCGCAGACUCGGACCAGUCAGCUCCCCUGCUAUCUCAAGACCUACAGCUCAGUAAUGCUGUUGGGUUUCAGCAACAAGGCACAGUCGACUGGACCAGAGUCCUCAGCGGGAGUGUCGCUUUCUCUGUCGAUGUCCUAUCAAGGUUAUCAAAAGCUGGCAUAGAGGCCUUCACCAUCUACGCUGCCAGAGCCAUCUUUUCCAAUGUCAAGAUUGGCCCAAACGGCGAAUUGCGUCUCCAUCGAGCCCUGGAUAAGAUCAGUGCCUUUCCUUCAUUUGGAAAAGCACUCUGGUUUGGGUUUGGGGUCAAGCAUAUCAUAUGGAGCAUGCAGGAAUCUACAGAGGGUUUGAAUUGUCUUGGUAUCUGUGCCUGUCUGACAGAAGGAUUUUCGACAACUGUUGCCGCUAAGAUUAUACGAGAGCUCUUUCUCCUAUAUGAUCCACCAGCCGAGGUUACACCUGCGCUGAGGCAGUGGAUUGCACUGGUUGAAUCAUCAGCGGGAUUGCUUGCCUCAUCGGAGUUCGGUUUAGUGUUACAUGGUCUCACCAAGCUCUGUCUCAUGGACGGUCAACGUAACGUACGAAGUUCUGGAUCGCCAAAGGAUAUUGCUUUAGUGUUAAAAGAAAUCUUUGAGGUCUCGACAGGACGCCUUGAUCGCCUUUUCUUGUCCGGCGGAGCUGAUUGCGCCUGGAUUGCCGCAGUAGCUCACUGGCUUCUGGACCUUCGAGUCGAGGUCCAGCACCAAGACGGCACAGUUAUCUAUAGGCCUGAUGGUGCGCGAAGUGAAUUCUCUCUGGAUGCCCAAGUCAUCAUAGUUUACCAUCAAGGAGAUUCAAGUGAACUGCUGCGGGUUAAUAGCAAGCACCAUAUCAUUCCCAGCGGCAAUAUGCUAAUUCAUUAUCACGAACCUCAAGAUAUCAUGUCAUAUGGCCGGCUUUCAUGGGAUAGUUGCUUGGUUGAUACCUUUGGCGGCCCUAUGAGACUCCUCUUGGGACCUCAGGCUCGGAGUACUGGUGCAUGUUUGGGCUCCGCCGCACGCGUCUUCCUGGCUGCCAUGAGAGAUGGUGACGGACAUAUGGAAUUCUUAGCAAAGAGGGAUCCUCGAAAUUCUUUCCCUCCGGUAUCAGAAUCAAGCUACGGAAGGGGAUUCUAUCUUCUAGCUCGUCGCCUUUUCCCAGAACUCGGGCAAAACCCGGUCUUGCACCAGACAAUGGAGGCGGCUUUAAACAAAGGAUUUCUGGAAGCUGCUCAACUAUUUUCUCAGUCAUUUACGUCUUUGCGUCAACUAUGCUCAUGUUCAAUAUGUCGCCCGGGUGAGGGUAAUGAAAGAGAGGAUAACACCUUCUGCCUACUUACAUUGAUACAAACUAUCUGUACGCUGGUUAGAGCUAUGUCAAGUAUAUGUAUGGAAGAAGGGCUUGAAGUGCGGCCAACACGCUCCGGUUUAGAGAACCUAUAUUGGACUCAGAGAAAUAUGCUUAUCACCCGGGAAUUGCUAGAAUACGACCCGAUCAAUCACGGCUUACUGUCAUCCUGGCCGCCUGGUGGUGUUCUCAUGGUGGCCCAGACCCUUUUAUCAGGACAACAACACGAUAUUGUUUCGGGCAGUGGCAGUCUGGUUGCGGCCUCACACCACGGCCUGUGUUUCCUUCUCAAUACAUUAACAGAGAUCACAUCUGAUCCCCAGAGAGCUUAUGUUGUAAUAGUUAUUCCUGGUAGGAUCGAGUGGAACAACUUCAUGUACGAUACGGUGCGUGAUCAGGGAUUCGAAAUGGUCAAUACCCCAGAGAAGACCGGAUACGAUGCAAUCUCUAUGUCUACCGUGACAAGAUAUGAUGACCUGGCUGAUAGUUCGACACCCGGGCUCAACGCAGAACUUCUCAUCGAAGAGAUAUUGAGGGAAAACACCAGUCUUCAUGCCAGCUACAGAAUUUCAACCGCAGCAUUUCCCGGUCGGCAUUUCUCAGUGGGGCCUUCUGAUAUUUGGCAUAAUCUAAACAGCGCAGUGACUUCUGCGAACUGCGAGGGAAAGGCCUGCGAGUCUCUCAACGGGUUUGAAUCCACCCUUGUUGAAGGAGAUGGGCUGCUUCCUUUGACUGAUUUACCGACGCUACUCCCUCCCAUCACACGCGUAUUGUCCACGCCAGGCUUAUCUGUCUGGGUAGCUCUUUCGCAGAGCUAUCUUCCCAAAACUGCCGAUCCUAUGAGAGGUGGCCUGGUGACCUUACAACAUAGACUACAAGGCAAGCAGUGUGUUAGAUGCUGCAUUGUGAAUGCGGAGCAGUCAGUUGUAAAUUGCCAACCUCCCAGAUGUUGUAUAUCGAUCCUUACCUCUUUUUGA